UGUCUCGCCUCCCUCUCCCUGCCGUUUUUUUAACUCCUGAAUUUUCUUGCCUCUCUGGCCACACCAUGUCACUGAAGUUGCAGACCAGCAACAUCACCAACAAGAACGAUCCGCGGUCAAUUAACUCGCGAGUCUUCAUCGGAAACCUCAACACGGCGGUGGUGAAGAAAUCUGAUGUGGAGACCAUCUUUGGGCAGUAUGGCAAGGUGGUAGGGUGCUCUGUACACAAGGGCUACGCCUUUGUGCAGUAUACAAAUGAGAGGACUGCGCGCGUGGCGGUGGCUGGGGAGAAUCGGCGCGUGCUUGCUGGACAGACGCUUGAUAUUAACAUGGCUGGGGAGCCCAAGCCCAACAGACCCAAGGGACUGAAGCGGCCCAGUUCUACUUUGUACAGCACCAGCUACGACUUUGCUUAUGAUUACUUCAGGGACGAUUUCUACGAAAGGAUGCACGAGUACUCAAGUCGGCCUUCGUUGGUUCCUAGGGCCAUCCCGGUGAAGCGUCCUCGUGUGAUUGUCCCCGUGCUCCGGCGGGGGAAAUCUGGGAUCCCCCUGAAGUUAAUGUCGCGCUCCACGACUGUGGCAAAAAACGCCACAAAAUUAAAAUUAAAAUCCAAUGAACUGCAGCGAAUUAAACUUGAGCUCACACAGAUUAAAUCCAACAUUGACUCACUCCUUGGGAGACUGGAGGAGAUUGCGAAGGAGAAAGUGGGUCAUACAGAGACCAGGAAGAAGGCAGACGAGGGCAGGACUGAGUUGUCUCAUGGGGAUUCUGCCUCAGAAACAGCCGAAACCGUCACAGAGGAGCCAUUUGAGGUGGACGAGACUGAUGCUGCUGAUCUGGAACAGGGUGAAACGGCAGGAGAUAAUGACUGUGAGGAUGAAGUGGAAGCCAAUCACAGAGUAGAGGCAGAGGCAACGUUAGAAUAGAAGACUGCAAACCAGUGGUUCUCAGCAGGCAACAAGUAAUGGGGAGAGCGCUCGAAACUG